AUGGUAUUGUCAGAAAUUGAUGGUGGUAGCACAACAGAUUUAUCAAAAGCAGAUACCGAGCAGCUUUCUCGUGUUAUUGAUCGGCUCCUCGAUCAUAAUGUUCCCGAAGACAUUGCUCACAAACUUAUGGAUUCUGUUACUGCUAGGGAGAGCCAUUUGAACGGACGGUUGAAAAAACGGACCGCUAGCAAAAACCAGUCAGAACCAGUGAAUGAUGCGCUAUUUCUGGAUCUCCUCACCAAACACGUCUCAGCUAAAAACGUAGAUGAAGUCCAUGAACUUCUCCGGACAAAAGGCCUGCAAAAUAUUUCGAGGCAGAUAUUUGAAUCAGUUCUUCAACUGUAUUUGGAUACGGCUGAUUGGAAUACAUUAAUGGAACUAAUACAAUGGGUGUUAGCCUUUUGA